CAAACCGGGACGUUCGGUUGAACCUUCACGGAACAAGCAUUUAUUUCGGCAAAGGCGAUCAAAAAGUGCUGUGAUAUGAACAAAUGGAUGCUAUAAUCACCCCUGGAACAGAAGAGAGUCCUAGUACACCUGAACAAAUGGACUACGAAGCCCUAAAUAACAGAAGACGUAAAAACAUCAACAGUGAUAGUGAAGGCAAUCCACCCUUCAUGCAACAUCCGAAUGAAGAAGCCGGAAAGAACUUCAUGCAGUUUUAACGAGUAACGAAUUAGAACACUGAACCUAUCUCUCAAGCUAGAAAAUGAUUCCAAGACCUUUGAUGACCUUCCUGUUGGUGAGGCUGUCAAGCGUUUUCCUUGUACAGACGUGGUUUGUUGCAGAUGAAUACUGGCAGGCUACCGAGGUUGCCCAUAACCUUGCUUUUGGGUAUGGUUACCUCACCUGGGAAUGGAGGGUAGGUCUUCGGAGCAUCCUGUAUCCCAGCGUCUUCGCCUGCUUGUACAAGGUCUUGGCUAUUUUCAAUUUGGAUUAUCCUCUGUUACUGAUUCACCUUCCAAGAGUUCUUCAUGCUGGUGCAUUUGCUGUUGGAGAUUUCUUCACUUGGAAACUGUCCCGGAAACUUUACAACAAGGAUGCAGCUCAUUGGACCCAUGUGUGCCUGAUGUCAUCCUGGUUCUUGGAGUACUGCGCCCCUCGAACUCUCACCUCAUGCGUGGAAAUGGUUUUGACAUCUGUUGCCCUCUGGUUUUAUCCAUGGAAAAGCAAAAGAGAGAGUUGCAGCGUUAGUUACCUGUGGCUCGUUGGCAUCUCCUGCAUAUUGCGACCGACAUCUGCGGUCCUUUUUGUCCCUCUGUGUUUGCAUCAUGUGUGGGCCUCAAAUAGUCGACUUUGGCUCACAGUCAAGUUCAUAGCUAUCGUACUUGCUGUCUUGGUCCUAUCAGUUGGCUUAGACUCCUGGUAUUAUGGACAGCUUGUGGUCGUCCCAUGGCGCUUCGUCCACUUCAACAUUGCAUCCGGAUUGGCAGCACACUACGGCACCCACCCUUGGCACUGGUACCUGACGCAAGGCCUUCCUGCCACUUUGACUAUUCAUAUUGUGCCCUUUCUCUUAGGGGCAGUGUGUCAUUCGAGGAGACACAAGGAUCUGUUGCCCCUUUGCGUCUGGUCAAUUUUUGUGUAUAGCUGUCUGGGUCACAAGGAGUUCCGAUUCCUGUUGCCAGUUCUUCCUCUCUGCUUGUGCAUUGCAGGUGACUAUAUUGCAGUCACAAUUGCAAACCUGUCAAAGAAGAAAGACCUAUCCUCUAAGCAAUGCUUUGUGGCACUGAUGACAACACAUUCCUCUGCACCGCUGCCCUCAGCCAAAUUUUUUCAUGAUGUGAUUGUCAUGUCAUCCAAAGAUAGUGGGUUAAUUGUGCAUAAUUUUUGUUUUGCACAAGGACCUCACAUGUCUAGUUAUGCCACUGUCGUCAAUUGUUGCAUCACGGAAAUCACAGUGCUGAAAAUACGGGCAGUGGGUUACUUAAGUAGCCAACUUCCCGAGCAUGUGAUCAUGAAGGCCAGCCUGUGCCGCCAGUCACAGGGGCCAGGAAUCCUGUGCGCAGCAUGGAAAUGGCAUCCUCCCAUUGUUCUUUCACAUUUGUUUAAUGUCAGUACGGAAUGUUGCAUUCUAGGGGCUGAUGGAGCUACUAACUUUGGACAGAUGUUUGACAAGGUUUUUGUUGAUGAUGAUGUCUUUGGGGACCACAUGAUGAGAUGCUUCAUUGCAUUAAGUGUGUUGUCAGCAAUGCCAAUUUGCAUGGGCCUGUACUUUACUCAUGGAGGAGCAAGUAAACAAGCAGUUGAUGCUGUGCCAAAUGCUGGAAGAAUUGACCUAGGAUGCCAUGAGUUAAAAGAAAAAAAAAUCUGCCACUUGCAUAGAAAUAUAUCAAUGAGAUUCUUGACCUGUGAACCAAAUCUGAAACAUCAGGAGAAUUAUGUUGAUGAAGCAGACAUCUUUGAAAGGAACCCCAUGUCUUGGCUGCAACAAGAGUACAACAGUAUUCCUACAGAAGAUUCUACUAUCAGUGAGCAAAAAUUGCAUGAAGGGAAAAGGAACUCAUUUGGCAAGAGUUUACCUUCACAUGUGGUCUUAUUUGACGUUCUAGUUGACAAGGUUUAUGAUUUUCUCAGCAGAAAUGGCUUUCGGAAAUGCCAUGAGAUAUUUCAUGCCCAUGUUGAAGAUGGGAGACGAGGGAGGUUUAUCCAUAUCUACUGCAGAGUGUAAGUGAAGGAAUUCAAUACUUAAUUUAUCUAUUCAUUCAAAAUAUAGAUAUAUAUGUGCUUUAUAUAUCUACACACAUAUAUAUAUAUAUAUAACAUGCACACAUACACCCAUGCACUCACACACCCAAAUGCACCCACACAAACACGUACAUCCAUACAUACACAUUUAUUUUGUCUGUCUGUCCAACUAUGUAUCAAUCUAUCUGAAUGUAAAAGGGUAUAUUCACUGGCAGAUUUAGAAAAUUUUACUUAGGUACACAGGGUUUUUUAUUAAUUGGGGUACCCAGAAUUUAAUAAUAUUUUAUAUUGUUUUUUUAGGACAUGUUUCUAUUUGUUUUAGUAAUUUAAGCAUCUUAUAGAUACAUGUGAGAUUUGUUCUUUAUAACUGCAGUUUUAAGGGGUAGCAGUGGGCAGUUGCUGGAGGGGUAGGGACUGCUCUGCAUUUUUCCCUGUAGAUGUGUCACAAUGUAUAUAAGAACAUGCACACACAAAAAGAAAUGAUAUAGACACUGUAUAGGUAAAGCUAUACAUAUUUUUUCUACAUCUUAUAUUUGCUCAAAUUGAUAAUUGUGUAAAACGAAAGAAUAGAUGUGAUUAUUAUCAUACUUCUUUAAGUAUUCUGUUUAGAUAAGCAAAAUAUAUCGACUAUCACUUUUUCAGAGCUAUAAUAUGCAAUGAUAUUAUAAUCACAUUUAUUUCAAACUUGAUAUCUCAUGUUUGAAAUGUGAUAUUAGUGCCUGUUGUUAACAAGUCAUUCCAUUACCAAAGUGAUCAAAAUUGAAAAUGCAGGCAUUUCAGGAUUUUUU